AACUGAUCAAAGUCCAGUGCCUGUACCCCAGCGUUCAUCUGUCUCGGUAAGAGAGGAAAAGUGACAAAAGGCAUGGGUCCCAUGGAUUCAGCGCAGCCGCUUAGUGGAAGAAAAGGUAACCUGCCUCGCCUCAAACACAGGACAGCUGUUGAGUGGAAAGUCCCGCUGAUCAUCGGUGUUGUACUUGCAGCCAUUGUUGUAAUUGUUGUGGUUCUCAUGAUACUUUUGCCUGUGAAAUCUCCACCUGAAUCCAAGCUGCCUCAUGUCUUCACCCCAACCCAGCUAAGGGCAAAACGCCCCGGUGCCUGCUGCCCAGAUGGCUGGGUCGGAUUUAGAGGGAAAUGCUAUUAUUUCUCUGAUGCCAAGGGGACCUGCAACUCCAGCCAGAGCCUCUGCUCUUCAUUCAAUGCCUCCCUGGCUAAGAUCAACACCAGGAAAGACCUGGACUUCAUUAUGCGAUAUAAAGGCGUCUCUGAGUUCUGGAUUGGCCUGAAGCGAGUAUCGGCGCAGCUCUGGCAAUGGAAGAAUGGCGAACAGUUCAACAACCUGUUUACGGUAAGAGGAGAAGGCAACUGCACGUACCUGAGUGACGACUUUGCCACUUCGUCAUGGUGCUCCACAAAGCACUACUGGAUCUGCAGCAAACCCGAUGGGAUGAGAAGGGAGGACACGAUGCCGGGGGACUGAAGGCAGGA